AUGAUUCAUCCGAAGCUUAUGCCUUAUCAGGAGCUCGCCCUCCGUAGGGUAAAUGUGCAACAGCAGAGUUUUGCUUCACAGUAUGUUGGCACCGACAAGAUUGGGGGAGGUGGCGCCACUGCCAUUACCCCGUCUGGCAGCAGCGCUGGCAUGUCACGAACCACUUCAGCACGAAGCGAAGUGGCGUUGUCACCAGGCACAGUGUUUCCGGGUCCGUCAGCUACACCCGCUUCCAGCGCAAUUCAGAAAUCCCGUCCGCAUGCUCGCGAUGCUUUGCUAACUGGAUGUGGGACAAAUAGCACCGCACCAGCUUCUAUCGCCCGCCCUGGUAUAAAGAGACGCGAUGAAUGGUCUACUGCUCUCCACGACAUAGAGCCAUUCGUUCUCCCUCAACAACUUCUUUGCGGUUCCCCGCCGAACAGGCAGAAACACGUGAGAGUGCACUACAUCGCUGACCAAUAUGAUCGACAGUGGCUCACACAGCUCCCAGUCGCGACAACCACAACGAAAGGUAAAACGGGGAGCAUCGAAUCGUCGGUUACCCCUCAAGCAACACGUCACAAAAUUUCUCUAACAUUGUUUGAGGACCUCAUCACUGCAUUCGAGUUGGGUUCAUACAUGAACGCGGAGGUCCCCAUACACCGGCAGCCCGUUUCCACUUUUGAAGGUGUCACCGCCACUGGCGCAGACACCACAGUGGUAGAGGAGGUCCGCAGGUAUUGGCUCUCAAAACGGCAGGCAUUAGGUGGCAACGUACCAUGCAUUCCGGCACUUCGCAUGGACGUGAGAGAGGACAACCAGAAUAGCCUGUGCCAUAGCGACAUUCUUCAAUAUUGCCCACUUCCGUUUAGCUACAGGGAUUGCCCUGUGCCACUGGUAAAGAGGCUUCUGCCUCGUUGCGCGGCAAGGGAAGAAAACACGGGAGGGGAAAACGGUGGACAGAAGGAAGUAGUUGGACGGAAGCGGGAAAGGCGAUCCUGUGAGAGUGGCAUUAAAAUUGAAGAUCACAAUGACGAAACGGUAGUUGAGGUUGGUGAGUUGGAGCGGCAGAUGCUUGCGACUGCGGGACUCAAGGUAGCGCAGGCAGUGCUGGAGCGCGAGGAGUGGAAGUUGGCGCACACACACAUAGUGCUUUAUGAGUUGUCUCUGUUGCGUCGGUUGUCGGUGUUGGACGGGGAUGUAAGCCCCUCCGUGGGUUUCCCAUCCUCUUCUUCACACGCGGGUGGUGGGCACGCCAGCACACUUUGGGCUAGUGACGAGGACCUUCAGGGAGAGUGGGUGGGUGAAAACGAGUUGGGCGGGGAACCAUAUGAUAGCGUUACUGGAAGGGGAGCCGCGGCAGCGCUGGAGAGUGUUAUGGCCAUCGAGCGACGGCAUUGUUGA